CAAAAAUAGGUCUCACAGAAAAUAAGCGAGCGUGCACCGACAAGGAUGAAGUCUGCACAAAGGCGAUCAUAGUUACUGCCAAACUCAAUCCAGUAACUCGAAGUACUGUAGCACAACUUGUUGGUACUUUUUGUACCUGGGGACCGAGAGGCAGAUUCCCUUCUGGGAAAUGAGAGUCGGCCAUCCGGAGACGAUUUUGUGAGACUGCAGACGCGAGAAACUUUUUGCUGCCGGGAGAGACACCCGAAAAACCAGAUCGACCACCUCACCAAUACGUGAGUGGGUGGGAGUCGAGGCAGGUCUGAGAGUAGAGAAAAAGGAGGUGAGCGCUUGUAGUUUCACACACAGCCCAAUUGUGCAACUCGUCCUGAUCGCCUGAUCGCCUGAUCGCCCGAUCGCCCGAUCGCCUUUGCUCUUUGUGCACAGAUUGAGCUGAGAGCUGCUUCUACUUCAUUUGGGAACUAUGGCUCAAGCAGUUACUUUGCAGGCUGCCUUGAGCGUGCCCAGCCAUGCCGCUGUGUCAGUGUCCAGCACGAAAUUCUGCAGCAGAACUUCUUGCAAGGUGAAAGCAGGCUCUCGAUUCGAUGCCGAGGCACGCUCGUUCUUCUCUGGUGACGCACUCUCCCCCUUCUCGACACCAUUGCCGAGACAAAGAACCAAAAGUUUCAGGGCUGGCGUCGUUAGAGCUUCAACAAAAGUGUCCAAGGUGAAGGUCCCGCUGGAAUUAGAAGAGGCGAAGGAGCCACCAUUGAACCUGUGGAAAAACAAGGCUCCAUACAAAGGAGUAAUCAAGUCAGUGGAGAGAAUUGUUGGCCCUAAUGCAACUGGCGAAACUUGCCACAUCGUUAUUGACCAUGACGGCAAUGUACCAUACUGGGAGGGUCAGAGCUACGGGAUUAUUGCCCCCGGAGAGAACCCCAAGAAGCCGGGAACACCCAAUACAGUGCGCCUGUACUCUAUCGCAUCCACAAGAUACGGAGACAACUUUGAUGGUAAAACAACGAGUCUUUGUGUCAGGAGAGCCGUGUACUGGGACCCCGAGACUCAGAAAGAAGAUCCAGCAAAGAAGGGCGUCUGCAGUAACUUUCUUUGCGAUGCCAAGCCCGGUGAUGAGGUUCAGAUAACAGGGCCAUCUGGAAAGGUGUUGCUUUUACCAGAGGAGGACCCAAAUGCAGUACAUAUCAUGGUUGCCACAGGAACAGGAAUUGCUCCUUACAGAGCAUACCUCCGAAGGAUGUUCAUGGAGGAUGUUCCCAACUUCCAGUUCGGAGGUCUUGCUUGGCUCUUCCUUGGAGUUGCCAACACAGACAGCUUGCUCUAUCAUGAUGAGUUCAGCUCCUACAAAGAGCAGUACCCUGAGAACUUUAGGUACGAUUUAGCUCUGAGUCGUGAGCAAAAGAAUCAGAGGGGUGGAAAAAUGUACGUACAAGACAAGAUUGAGGAGUACAGCUCUGAGCUGUUCGACCUUCUGGACAAGGGUGCCCAUAUCUACUUUUGUGGUUUAAGAGGCAUGAUGCCCGGUAUCCAAGACACCUUGAAGAGGGUUGCCGAGGAGCAGGGCAUUGUUUGGGAGGAAAAACUCUCUCAGUUGAAGAAGAACAAGCAGUGGCACGUUGAGGUUUACUAAGGAGGUCAUGCUCGAAUUUUUGCGAUUUUAUUGUGAUGUCGGGUAGAGACCGUCACUUGUAGAUGAAAAGCCAUACCAAAAGCAUUCGAGUCUGGAUAUUCGGCUCAUCCUGGUUGGCUGAGGAUUAAUUGGAUAGGCUAAGACAUGAGUUAUUACUUCUCGGACAAGCGUUCAAAAUUCGGGCUAGAUGCGAUUCAUGGUCAAACACAUGUAUCUAGUUCAACAGUUUCUACCCUCUUCUAUCUGCUGUCUCCCACUGGUGCUCACAGAAGUAUUACGAGCUUGGGUGCCUCGCAGAUGCAGCAGUUGAGUCAAGAAGACCUCAAUCAGCCGAAUCAUCAGUAUUCUGCCAUAUCUCAAAUCAAAUAUCUCCAGUCAGGGUUCCGAACGCAUCCGGAGCUAGUAUAUUCUAGAAUGGGAAAUUCAAUGUGCAUAUGAUGUGUAAUUGGUGGUGGGGAUGUUUUGUAGAUGGUAAAGGGCAAAUUCACAUUCCCUUUUUGCACUCCACUUCAGUAAAGCAGUUGUCAUUGCUACAGAAAAUUGUGGCUGAAGUAGAACGUAAUAUUCACAUGUAGCUCAAUUGGAGGCUAAUUUUUCGAGAAUGUAACAGCCGUCGGUUUAGCAUUUAAUAACAUUUGAGAAAGUCUUGGUUGUCGGUCGGUGAUAGAUGUUGUAAUUAGUUGACAGGCGGAAGCCGCUUUGCUCAUUCAGUCGGGGUGUAAAUGGUUCUGAGCUUAAUAAAUUACCAUCUGCG